AUGCGAUCACCACCUCCCGAGGUCCUGAAGACAUGGCCGAAGCCCAACUACGUUGACCCGGUCACCCGGGGCUCUACUUUAAUGAUUGUCGAGCUCACAUUGCUUCCUAUCGCAAUGAUAGUGGUUUUCCUCCGGAUGUGGGUGCGCGUUGCGUGGCUGAAGAAGGCUUGGUACGAUGACUACCUGAUGUUACUCGCGAUGGUUUUCAGCAUUGGUACCACCAUCCUUGUCAUCAUGGCGUCUCAAUUGUAUGGAUGGGAUCGCCAUGUCUGGGAUCUUUUGCCCGUAACGUUGGAGCAAGGUCGAAAAGCGUCCUUGGCAGGGCAAACCCUUUUCGUGCUUGCGUCAAGCACGGUGAAAAUAUCAAUCCUCGUUUCCUACUUCCGAAUCGCGCCUGAAAAAUCGCUCUUCCGGAAAUUGGUCUGGGGAACCUUCGCACUCGUUUUUGCCGCCUUCGUAGUGUUCCUGGUAGCUUUAUGGGUACAAUGCAUGUUAGUAACAUCGACAAUGAUUGACGCCUUCGAUGCUGACUUGCACAGCCCCAUUUCCAGCUACUGGAAGCUCAAGUCAGACCAUCGUGACUGCAUUCCCGAGGGACCGCCAUUGAUUGUGCAGUCGACCUUGAACGUGGUCACAGACUUCAUGAUAUACGCCCUGCCCAUUCCGACGCUCUUUUCGCUGCAACUACCAUGGAGUCAGCGUAUUGGUCUCAUCCUUCUCUUCGGUGUUGGUGGGAUCAUUGUCGUUGCUGGCUCCUUCCGGGCUUACUGGAUCCACUACACUCUGUUUGAAACCUGGGACGCAACAUGGGAAGGCUAUCAGAUUUGGGUAUGGACGGCUGUCGAGACCAACGUCGGGGUCAUUUGCGGUUGCAUUCCAGCCCUCAAGCCCUUGUUGUUCCCGUCCCGUGCGCGACAACACGGCUCGAAGUAUGCCAACGGCUCUAGCCAUAGCAGACGCAAAGAGAAGACCACGCCGGUGGUCGAUCAGCUCGAGCUUGAUACCCGCAAGCUGACAGAGACCGAUGAGUCGCGACCCGACACAGCAGCACGAGUGCGCGCCAUGCAAUAUUCACCUUCGCGGCCGAUGAGUGGCGAUACAGAUAAAAGUCGCUUCGAUCUUGACAUCGAGCAGCAAAAAAGCUACAUGUACUGA